AUGGCAGACCAGCAUUUACUAGACGUCACUGUUGACGAUGUCGUCAAGGUACCAGAACAAGUGAAGGAGAAGAAGACCUGUGAGGUGGAACUGCCCUCAUUCCCAUUCCCAACGUCACGCGAUAUGUACCUGGUGCUGUUAAAGCACUUGGAAUCUCUGGCAGAAACAAAUCUCGCUAUCAAUGAUGAGACAAACCAACUUGAUGUGUCAGGAUAUAACGACAUUGCCAUCCAACAUACAUUGGAUAAUCUCUCUAACUUGAACACAGCAUUUACUCUCAUCCAGCGGUUCCAAGAGAAUCACCAUCAUCAUGUAUUCCCCCCAAAGGGAUAUACCCAACUGCAAAUGCUCCCCUUUGGGGCCCAUGCAGCAGCAGCUACCAUACAAACUCUGACAACAGCAGAAGAAUGGGAGUCAGUGUCAAGCAUGGCUAUUUUAGUACCACUGAGAUCAGCCCCCCGAAAGAAACCCACUCCAAUCACACCAUGCCCUGCAACACUAUCACGCGACUGGGAAGAUUAUAACUUCCAGGGUUUUGGCAACGGUAAGGUUCUGGUAGCAAACCUUCCAAUUGGCCCGGCAUCUUCCUCUUCAAGUGCCAUUAGUCGGGUAUCACAGAAGCUUGGUACUCUGUCCAAGCUGCAUCCAGUAGGAAAUCUCCCACUGACCGCUCCUGAAAGGGCCGAUCGCGUCAAGACAUGGGUGAAUCAGAGUACGGACGCCGAGAUUGAUGCUGCUCCCAUUGACUCCCUUGAUAUUCAGAGCUUGCAGCCAUCGUUGAUCGACCAACCAGCCGAGGAGCAGAAGAACGUCCCUGGCCUGCUGAAGAGGAGACCAAAGCCAAAGACUCAUCAGAUCAUGGCCCAGCAGGCCGCCUCUAGAAUUUCACGUGCUACCAAGCAAAUGACAUUGGAAGAUUGUUGGUUGAAAUCAUUUGCGUCGUUCAAAUUGGGAAGCAAAAAAAUUCAGUCAGCAGAUUCUUCUCAGAAGCUCAGCCCCCAGCAAGUUGAGCAGCCUGCUGCUGCUACUGUAACUGAGAAAGUCGUUGCGAAAGUACCAAAGCCCUUGAUGAAAGCAAUUCACCGUGCUGAUGCCCAUGAAGUUGAAGAAAUCUUUGACGCCAUGCAACCUGCCUUGGAAGCCGCCAAGUGCUUCCCUGGAAAGUUGGAGCUCGAGGUGCAUGUUGAGCUGAUUGCAGUUGCUCCUUUGUCUGAUUAUCGGAAUAUUAACAAAGAUAUCUCGUUGGACGAGUGGAGAGAAUUUUUUCAACCCCAAGAUACGCGCCCUCUAGCUUCUUUCUGGAUCUGGCACAAGCUUACCGCUUCUGGUGUUGAUGUCGACUCGGUUGUGGAUCUGGAGUGGUCUAAGAAAGGAGCAGAGAGAAUGUUCGAGGAGCAAGCCGCUGAUUGGGGCAUUGCCUACGAAUACCACUGCCGGACGAAAAAUGGGUUUGCCUUUGUCAUCACUCUGAACGAACAUGGCCAGGCAAGUUUCCAGCAAGCGGAGUCUGCCCUGGGAUCUUCUACAAUCCACUUUCCGCACAGAACUUGGGACCUGAACCUCAUUCUCAAGGGCGCGAUGAACUUCUAUCACCAUCGUCAGGACCCUCAUCUCGAGGCAACUAUCAACGACUUUGUCAAGAGCAUCUCGUUGCAAUCUGGAAACUCUCUUACCAUCUAUUGCACUGAACCAGCGAACGGGCUCUUUUCCGUCGAGAAGAUCUUGAUGAAAAGGUGGGCCCGACACAAGCAUCUGCCAAUUGACCGGGAGGUAAAGUCUGGCCUGAUGCUCAAGGUUCUGGAAGUCCAAGAAUUCACCACGGGCAGGAACCCGAGUCAUCCCACACUGGUUCGUGGGAGAAUCCCAAUUCUUGAGAGACAGGAGUGGGCAUCCAAGAAGCGCCUGUGGUUUGAAGUGUCAAUUGUCAGCGAUGAGAUCCAGAAACUUCUGGUUUCGAAUCAAGAUCUGGAGCUAGGACAGAAGACUCGAAAAUGGAACCCAACAGAUUUACUCGGCGAGGAGAUUGAUCUGAAGAAUAAUCCUGCUAAGGCAUAUGCAGUUACCUUGGCUGUCGGUAACUCUGGACUCGGCAACAUGUUCAGAUUGGGCAAGUCUGUCUUGGAUCGUUUGAAAAUCGGCGAACAUGAUUGA